AUGACCCUUGACCACCAGAUAGUCACUCAGACUCUUAAACAGCCACGCCCUCCAACCUCUGAGCUUCUGAUACAGCACAGACACCCACCUCCAGAAAGUGAGGCUGGCCUCUCUGGGGAUGCAUUCACCAAGUUGCUAACCCUUAGGAAAGAAGAUGACAAUGAAGAGUGGCAUAUGGAGGAUGUUAUUGAGGAUAUAAUCGGUAUGGAAUCAAGUUUUAAAGAGGAAGGAACAGACUCUCCUCUGCUAAUGCAAAGAACAUUAUCUGGAAGUAUUUUGGAUGUGUAUAGUGGUGACCAAGGAAUUUCACCAGUUAAAAUGGGACUUACAAGUGCUUCUUGUCCAAGUAGUCUACCAAUGAAAAGAGAAAUUACAGAAACAGAUACUCGAGCUUUGGCAAAAGAGAGACAAAAGAAGGACAACCACAACCUCAUUGAAAGAAGAAGAAGGUAUAAUAUUAAUUACCGAAUCAAGGAGCUUGGCACUCUUAUUCCAAAGUCUAACGAUCCUGAUAUGCGCUGGAACAAAGGAACCAUUCUAAAAGCAUCAGUGGAGUACAUCAAGUGGCUCCAAAAAGAACAACAGAGAGCCCGGGAAUUAGAACACAGACAGAAGAGAUUAGAGCAAGCUAACAAGCGGCUUCUACUCCGGAUUCAGGAACUAGAAAUACAGGCUCGUGCUCAUGGCCUGCCAACUUUGGCUUCAAUUGGCUCAGUUGAUUUAGGUGCUGAUGUCACCAAACAGCAGACCCAUCUUGAGCAAAAUUCAGUGGAUUAUUGCCAGCAAUUGACUCUGGCUCGGGUGACAAGCCCUGAGCUCUGUGAUCAAGCUAUGGCCUUCUCAGAUCCGUUGUCACACUUUACAGACUUAUCAUUCAGUGCUGCUUUGAAAGAGGAACAGAGAUUGGAUGGCAUUCUACUGGAUGAUACAAUAUCUCCAUUUGGAACAGAUCCUCUGCUUUCUGCCACUUCCCCUGCAGUUUCUAAAGAGAGCAGUAGGAGAAGUAGUUUCAGCUCAGAUGAUGGUGAUGAAUUAUAA